CCGUGACAAGAUAUUAUCACGUGGUUCUAUACCUCGGUUUAGCUGAUAUAAAGCUUGGCGACUUUGGAUGUUUUGAAAGGCCCAGGUUUCCAGGGGGCGACAAGCAAGGAUGUAGACGAGACAAGCGGGAGAGCAGCAGGCCAGAAGAUAAACUGCUGCUCAAGGGCAUGGAAGGAUAGCGUCCAGCACUUUAAAACUUUUUGGUUGUCUUUUUGUCGCUCUGUCUUUACCCACAGCUACUUCAAAUCACGAUGGCAUCGCCCCGCAGUCUUGAGAUUGUGCUCCUGGGAGCCACCGGAUACACGGGGAAGCUAUGCGCCGAACACAUUGUCAAGAAUCUUCCUACCAACCUCGCAUGGGGAAUUGCUGGCCGCUCUAUGAAGAAGCUGGAGGACCUGUCUGCCAAACUACUUACGUAUAACGAUGACCGCAAGGCUCCAGAAAUUCUCUCGGUUCAAUUCAAUGACACUGAACUGAAGGAUCUGGCCUGCAAAACGAAGGUUAUCAUCAACUGCGUAGGCCCAUAUCGCAAGCACUCUACCCCGGUGGUCAAGGCCUGUGCUGAAAACGGUACCCACUAUGUUGACGUGUACGGCUCUGAAGCCACUUAUUUCUUCCGUUUUUACUUCUUUGGAUAUUAAUUUCCAUAUAGGACAGGAGAGGCGCCUUGGGUUUGCGAUAUGGUCAAGAAAUUUCACGAAACCGCCAAGUCUACAGGCGCUAUUUUGAUAUCUGCGAAUGGUAUAGAAAGCGCACCAGCUGACUUGCUAACAUACUUCAUGGCAAAAUCCAUCAAGGAUCAGUUUGGUGUUGUCACGGAUGAGACAGACAUGUCCCUUUACCACAUAAAGGGAAAGUUCAGUGGUGGCACCCUUAGAACUAUUAUCGACUUCUUUGACAACCUUGAUUCCAGCAGUGGCGACCCAUACAGAAUCUCAGUCUCGAAGCCGGCUCAGCCAAAAUCAGUCCCCAUCCUUCGCCGCAUCUUUGGUGUGCAUUAUGUUCCAGACAUUGGAGUUGGUACCACCUGUGUCUGUGAGGCAUGCGAUACUGCAAUUGUCCACCGUACCAGUUCCUUAAUGCCUCAACUAUUUAACCCAAAAUUUAGGUUCUGGGAGAGUAUGAAAACCCGCAAUACCCUUACUGGCGUUGCAUUUCACUUUGCUCUCAUUGUUACAGCAUUUGUCCUGUUACUGUCGCCAGUCAGGUGGAUGCUAUCACGUUAUUUCUAUCCUCCUGGCGAAGGCCUACAAGAGGAUGCCAAAUCGGGUUUCUCAGUCGAAUACAGGGGGAUUGCUACUGCUAAGCAGGAUCAGCCCGGAAAGAAAAAUAUCAGAGUUCUCGGUUCGUUCCGUUACGAUGGAUGCCCGUAUAAGCUUACGGGAAUUUUCCUCGCGGAGGCUGCCCGGAUUCUAGCUCGAAGCAAGAAUGUUGGGCAAACCAUUAAGGGGGGCUACCUUACUCCCGCGUCCCUGGAGGAUGAGUACGUCGAAAACCUUGAGAAGAUUGGGGCACAAUUUAAGUAUACCGUCCUAGAGCAUUAG